UUUCGACUUGGAAUACAAGGUCCCACCAAAUUCAAUUGCCUUCCGCAAUUUUGUUCUUGUCUCUCAUUUAUCUCUCAUGAUUGUUUUCACUUGAAGUUUCUUCUUACUGGACUUGUCCUCAGUGGGCACAUCCUGUGCGAUCAUGUUACUCCCCUCCGCCCUCUUCCUGCUGCUAUGCGUGCUCCAGCUCGCUGCAUGCGCCGAGGAUUUCUAUAAAUUGCUAGGAAUCGACAGGCAAGCCUCCGAGCGAGAGAUCAAACGCGCAUAUCGAACUCUAAGCAAGAAGUACCACCCAGAUAAGAAUCCGGGUGAUGAAAGCGCCAAACAAAAGUUCGUCGAAGUGGCUGAAGCUUACGAAGCUUUGUCUAAUCCUGAGACGCGUAAGGUCUACGACCAGUAUGGUCACGAUGGGCUCAAACAACGUCAGCAAGGUGGAGGAGGGCAGCAUCAUGAUCCCUUCGACCUGUUCUCUCGUUUCUUCGGCGGCGGCGGACAUUUUGGACAUCAGACUGGCCAGCGCCGUGGGCCAGAUGUGGAAGUUCGUGUCGCGGUUCCCUUGAAAGAUUUCUACAAUGGACAUUCGACCGAGUUCCAAUUGGAGAAGCAGCAGAUUUGCGACGAGUGUGAAGGGUCGGGGAGUGCGGAUGGGAAAGUGGAGACUUGCUCGGUUUGUGGGGGCCACGGAAUUCAGAUCAAGAAGCACAUGUUGGCGCCAGGGAUCUACCAGCAGGUGCAAAUGCAAUGUGACGCUUGUGGAGGUCAGGGAAAGACAAUCAAACAUAAAUGCCCAGUGUGUGGGGGAAGUCGCGUGGUGCGAAAGGUCAAUACUUUCCCAUUAAAUAUCGAAAGAGGCGCUCCCAAAGGCCAGCAAAUCAAAUAUGAAAAUGAUGCGGAUGAGAGCCCGGAUUGGGUAGCUGGCGAUCUACACGUCACCCUGGUUGAGAAGGAGCCGGAUUUAGUCGAGGACAACGAGUUGAAGGUCGAUGGAACGUUUUUUAGGAGGAAGGGAGACGAUUUAUACUGGAAAGAGCUCCUGUCCUUGCGAGAGGCCUGGAUGGGUGAUUGGACGCGAAACUUGACGCAUCUGGAUGGACAUGUGGUGCAAUUAAGUCGAAAGCGAGGAGAGACCAUCCAACCCGGGCAAGUGGAGAGGGUAGCUGGGGAGGGAAUGCCGAAAUGGCAUGAAGACGGGGAUAGCGUGUACCACAAGACGGAAUUUGGAGAUCUGCUGGUGGAAUACACUGUCGUACUGCCAGAUAAGAUGGAUAAGACUAUGGAGAAGGAGUUCUGGGAGCUGUGGGAUAAAUGGCGGAAGAAGAAGGGAGUUGAUUUGCAGAAAGAUAGCGGGAGACCGCAACCGCCUAUAGCUCCGGGAGCAAAGGACGAACUGUGA